AUGGACACGCCUCUUUGCGUGGAUGGCACACAGUUUGGUGUCCUUGAACAGACCGACAGGUGAGCCUCCUAGCCUCACCCUCAUGGCGAUCCCCGCGGAGCUCUAAAAACGCAGGUCGAUCUUGAAGCACUGGGAGAUUUUUCUCCCAUGCGCUGGCAGGGCUCGUAAACGGGGGAGGCGCGCUCCUGCGCGCAACUUACAUUUUUUACAUUUUAGCGCAAGUCGCGCUCCUUAAAAAUUCUCAGAGGCCAUUUUUCUGAUGAUUUAGGUGACCUACACACAUUUUUUAAAAAGAUAUGUCCAUCAACAACAUGAAGACAGGGCAGCCUAUAAUCAAUACCAAAGCAUUUAUUGACUGAUCUCAAAGUGUUUGGCUUACAAAAGCACAAUAGUACGUAAUCACAUAAAAAUAAUCAAGGGGUCUUUCACAUUCCUCAACAACUGCAUAAACAAUAUGGUUAUGGCUUUGUAAAAUGAACAACCAUAUUCUGCUGGCCAAUUUUGUUAGAAUUUGUAAAUAUGAACAACCAUAGAUGGCCAAUUGUAUAGAUUGUAAAAAUGAACAUGAACAUAGUUUUAUUUUUUGAAUGCAGUACCUUUCAAAACAGUUCCUGCUUGCAGUAAGGUAGCACGCACAAGGUGGGGCCCCGGAAAGAGAACCUUCUUGUGUGUCAGGGAUGGUGUUGCCAGACCUCUUUCAGACAGCCUCUGCUUUCCUCUCUCUCAAAGCUUUUCUGGGGUCUUGUGGCUCCUGUUUGCUUCUUGCAGCUGCUUGUUGAGAGGCGUCCCUGAAGGCAAACCUACCAAAUGUGUGUGUUGGCUUUGACAGUAUUGUCUGUCUAUGAUGCCCAGGUAGAUGCAUGUAUCCCAUGUAGUACAUACUUCAGUUCCACUUAAAAUGGGCAUGGAUGCAUAAAGUCUUUAUUGUUUAAGUUAGCCUUUUGUGUCUCACUAGCCUGAUGUUCAGCCAGUAUAACAAGUGUUGCUAUAAUCUUAUGAUCCCAUGCUAAAGGUUUACUAAAAGAGGAAUAAAAAAUAAAUAAAAUUGGUGUCCUUAAAGGUUGGUUUUUCCCAACUUUUUUAAUUAAGUCAUUAAGAUCAAUUCCAAAGAGAUUUUUUUAUUUUUUUUUAUUCCUCCUUUUUAGUCAGCUUAGAAUUUUCAUACCUUAUGGCACCACUGUACAUUAACACAUAGUAUAUAAAUAAAGCAUAGAUACAACACCCACUGGCCCUAUCAUAAUGACAAAGAAUGUAAUUUCAAACACAAUGCAGUCUCCUUUCAUGCAUACAUUUUCAAUAAAGCCUCUGCUUUGAGAAAGAUCGAAAGAUAUUGUUUUUAAUCUUUAUCUUACCUUCGGCCUGCACACUGCUUGCGACCGGUCGAGGGCACGUUUGAUAAAGACCAGCAUCGGAGUCCUUAUUCUGUAGCUUCUGGUACGGUGGCGGUCAAAUAAACCCAAUGCACCACCCCUGCCGGAUGGCUUCAAAAAUUCUAUGAGGUCGUCUCGAUUCUCUUAGACAGUGUUCAGACUCUGCUGUUUUCUACCUCAUCGUGGUUGGCGGCGACAGCUAGCCUUUAUUCAUCCCUCAUCCAUUGAGUGGCAAUAUUCACUCUCACCCAAGCGACAUUCUCAAACAAGCUAUCAAGUGGGUCUUUGACAGCUCAUUUUGCUUAAUCCUUUUCUGAAAGGCUGGGUGCAAUGUCGGUUAAACCACAACCAGUCGCUGUCCAAGCUUUGCUGUUGCCGUUCAUGGUUACGUACGUUACGUAUGACGAAAGCGCUUAGUGCAAGCCCUCAGACCACCCCUAGAAAUGUAUUGAACUCAGAAUUUUGAAAAAACAAUAUUUAAUUAGGAGGCUAUGAGAGACUUCGGGCGAUUUUCACCUGACUGAAACGCCCCAAACCUGGCGGGGACUUUGAAAAGCACGACUUUACCUUAUUGGACAUUUAGCUGGCUGGCAGAUCAGACGUGAAACACUGAACUACUGGUUGGCAGAAUAUAAUGAUUAGAAAAAAAAUCCCUUCCUUUCCCGUUGGCAGUGUCGCCCAUCAUCGCCCUAUUGAACACACCUCCCAUGCAUUUUAGUCCAUUUUAGCAGACGCUCUUAUCCAGAGCGACUUAACAGGAGCAAUUAGGGUUAAGUGCUUGCUUUUUUUUCAACCCUAGUCGGCUCGGGGAUUAGAACCACGACCUUCGGUUACAGGCACAACGCUCUUACCCCACUAAGCUACCUGCCGACUUGCGGGCCCAGCUGCCUUCUGUAGGAUUCGCCAUGGCGCGACAGUCGGAGUAUAGCCUCGAAUGCCCAUGUGAAAUGUAUAAAGCCCGGCAGUGGCAUCUGCUGUUGGACACCAUCUCUCCCACCACCCCCAGAUUGGCCCGUUGCGGAGGACUCCUCUGUCGGUUACUGGAAGGGAUGCUUUUCUUCUUCUUUUUUUUUAGGACACCCGCGCCCAACACAAUACACUGGGCGCCCAAAACAAUAGUCCACUAAGCGCGUGCGUACAAUAGCACACGCUGGCCCUUUGCGCGCAAUAAUAGUCGUCAAAGUCAAGAGUGAAAUCUUGUGUUAUAUUUUAAUGCUAGCCUGUUAUCGCAAACGAGGCCAAUAGUACACUGCCUGCACACAACUACACACUGCGCGCUGGCAAAAGCACACUGAACAGUCGGGAGUAUAGCCUCGAAAUGCAGAGACGCGCCAUGGGCCAGAACCAAGCAAAACCGCUCGCAAAUCCACCGGUGGCAAAGCCCCCAGGAAGCAGCUCGCCACUAAGGCUGCUCGCAAGAGUGCCACGGCCACACGGCGGUGUGAAGAAGCCCCACCGUUACAGGCCCGGCACCGUGGCUCUAGAGAGAGAUCCGUCGUUACCAGAAGUCCCACUGAGCUACUCAUCCGCAAGCUGCCCUUCCAGCGCCUGGUGAGAGAAAAUCGCCCCAGGACUUCAAGACCGACCCUGCGCUUCCAAGAGCUCCGCCGUGAUGGCCCUGCAGGAGGCUAGCGAGGCUUACCUGGUCGGCCUGUUCGAGGACACCAACCUGUGCGCCAUCCACGCCAAAGCGGGUGACCAUCAUGCCCACAGGACAUCCAGCUGCCCGCGUAUUCGUGGAGAGCGCGCAUAA